CUUCCCACCCCAUGGGACUACUCUGUCUGCUUCCAGAUUUCCCUAGUCCAAUACAUAAUCACAAUCUUCCGUUUCUCCCCACCUACUCUCUGCUAUCUCUAAUUAUUAUCCAUUGUAUUAGAUCUGUAUUGACUUCAAUCUCUUCACACACGCGGAGGCUCUAAGGAAAUCCAAAUGGACAACUCCGACGCCAAAGAAAUCCUGGGAUUGAAAUACUGGUUGCAGUGGCAAGUACUGGUUUGUGCACUCAUCUUGCUCCUCACCACAGCCCUCGCCAUCCUCCUGCUCCGCAAGAGGGGCAGUCGGGAAAGGGCCUCGCUCAAGCCCCCCGAUCUCUGGACCCCAUGCUGGAGGAACCUCCAUCCUCGAUGGCUUCUUUUCUACCGGGCUUUCGCCUUUAUUGCUAUGGCUUACUUGCUGUAUCAGACUGUUGCUGCUUUCGGAUUCUUUGUCUUCUUUUUCUACACCCAGUGGACUUUUGCAUUGGUCAUGGUCUACUUUGCACUCGCUACCAUUGUAUCAAUUCAGGGUUGUAGGAUCUAUGCCAGGAAACCUCUUGCUCAGACUGGGGAGCGAGAUAAAUUUAUCAAAAAGGAUUCAGAAGAUAUCGACUCUGGAAAACCUUCAGUCUCCAAACAGAGAAAAAGCAAAGGAGUUAUCAAGUUAGAAUUUCAUCACAACCCAACCCCAACUGAGCAACUUGGAUUUCUGGAGAAUCUUUUGCAAAUUAUUUAUCAGACCUGUGCAGGUGCUGCUAUGCUUACAGACAUUGUCUUUUGGUGUCUUCUGCUCCCAUUCAUGACGGGUGAAGAUUUUCAGCUUACCCUGUUGAUUGGAUGCAUGCAUUCUGUAAAUGCUGUUUUCCUUAUCCUUGAGUCUGCUCUGAAUCGUUUGCCGUUUACGUGGUUUGGUCUUGUCUAUUUUGUGCUGUGGAGCUGUGCUUAUGUUGUUUUCCAGUGGGUUCUUCAUGCUUGUUGUUUUACAUGGUGGCCAUAUCCUUUCUUCGAUCUGUCAACUCCAUGGGCUCCGCUCUGGUAUCUUGCUUUGGGAUUGGUUCAUAUUCCCUGCUACGGAUUGUAUGUACUGCUUAAGAAAGCAAAAAAUGCAGCUUUCUCCACAAUGUUUCCUCAGAAAUUCGUGAGGGCAUCAUCAGAGAAGAAACAGGUUUAAGCACACGACAAGGUUUGAUAUACUUGGAAGCCACGGAUUUCAUUGGGCAUUCCAAUAAUCCAUCUCGCACAUUCUUGAAAGAAAUUGGGUUACUUUAAAGAAAUCAUACACACCACUAGUGUUCAUGUGGAACAACGUAUUAUCCAUCCUCCAGGUUUAUUCCGUUAGUUCUAGAUUUUGCUAUUCACCCACCAAGUGUAACUUUUUCCAUAGUGCUAAUUCCCAAUAAAGAGGUAGAAUUACAAUUUCAUAAUCAA